UCUCACCAGCACUAUUUAAGCUGUUCAACCUGCGUUAGACUUCGCUGACAAAGUUACACAGGCACAACCCUCAUCUCUAGCAACAUGAACUCUUUGUUGAAAUUCGCAGUUUUCCUGGUCGCAUUGAUGCUAUUUGUCAGCCAGGGUAAAUGCCUUCCAGUCCCUCAGACUGGUAGUCCUCCAGACGGCGUCCUCGAUGACGAUAGCCUUAUUGGAAGCGUCCUUAGUGGUGAUCUUCUAGAAGGCGUCCUUGGUGGUGAUCUUCUAGACGGCAUCCUCGGUGAAGAUGGCCUUUUAGGAGGCGUCCUUAGUGGUGACCUUCUAGGCGGUGUCCCCAGUGAUAAUGGCCUUUUAGGAGGCCUCCUCGGUGGUGAUCUUCUAGAAGGUGUCCUCGGUGAUGGUGGCCUUAUAGGAGGCGUCCUUGGUGGUGAUAAUGGCGUUGAGGGAUCCCUCACUGGUUGAGAUACAUCCAAGACACAAUAUUUGAUUUUAACUUUUACUUCCUAUGCACAAAGAGUUUUCAACACAAUCAAAAUUUAUUUAAUAGAAAGAUAACUUUAAGGUUAAGGUUAUCAAACAAUAAUGGAACACUGAAUUUUUUAUUAUCACGUAAGAAUUUUAUGUAUAAUUAUCAUUCAUUAUAAGGAAUAAACAUUUAUAUUAUGCAAAAACGUA